AGCGCGCUGGAUGACUGCUAGCUAUCUGGGGCACCCGGCCAGCACGUCUAGCCAGCUAGAAGUGCCACGACUUCACAGUAGUCCAGCGAUUACCCGGCGGAGUUCGGAGGAGGAUAUCCGAGAAAAGGCAACCUAGCGAAACCGCUGCCAAUUCAGAGGGACGACAACCUAAUCAUUGCAUUUUCAAUUGAACGCUCUCAGCAAUCCAUCCGUUUUUCUUUUAGCGAAGCAGACAGAUUUUCAUCAGGAGCGUGUUGAACCAUCAUUGAACAAUGGAUAUCUUUGACCCUCAGACCCUUGGCAUAUUGGUUUUUGGUGGAUUUAUGGUGAUCUCUGCAGUUGGGAUUGCUCUUAUCUCUUCGUUCUCUAUGAAGGAGACCUCUUAUGAAGAGGCAUUGGCAAAACAGCGUAGGGAGUUGGGUCAAGUACAGUCAGGUCGUGCAGAGAAAAAGAAGGUCAAAACGGCUGACAAAAAGAAUCGUGGAAAGAAGAAGGAAGAAAAGCCCAAUGGAAUGAUUCCGGAAGCUAAAAAAACAAAAGAGACCAGUGAAGCUAAUCAAGUCCCUGAGCCUCUUGCUGCCGCAAUUGUGGCUUGUGCUCCUGCUGCUCAAUCUCGCUCUAAGGCAAAGGCACAUGCAACCCCCGCACCAGCUGACCCACAGCCCAAAGCUGUUAAAACAAGUGCAACUCCUGCUGUGUCCUCACCUGUACCUUCGCCUGAAGACAAAAAGAAGAAGAAGAAGAAGAAGAAGUCUGCCAAUGUUGAAUUGACCUCUACUACUCCCCAACUCUCAGUUGAUCCUAAACAGAGCAAACCCUCACCAGUUCCUGCUUCAGUCCAGGCCACUGAAUCUGUCAAAGCUAAAACAGCCGCUCCAACCAAAGUAGUUCCCCCAACAUCUGUAUCUGCCAAUGCUUCCCCUGCUUCACCAUCAAAAAAAUCUAAGUCUAAGUCUGCCCCUUCCUCUGAUAACUCUGCCCUUGCCUCAACCAAGCCAGCCCCAGCCACUGGAAAAUCUAUCCCUUCCUCUGAUAACUCUUUCCUGCCCCCUGCCAGAUCCACCCCAGCCUCUGCCAAAGCCUCUACCAAGUCCACCCUGGUCUCUGAUAACUCUGCCCCGGCCUCUACCAAGUCGACGACAGCGUCUGCAAAGUCUGCCAAAGCCUCUACCAAGGCUGCCCCGGCCUCUGAUAACGCUGCCUUGGCCUCUACCAAGUCCACACCAGUAUCUGCAAAGUCUGGCAAGGCCUCAUCCAAGGCUGCCCCAACCUCUGAUAACUCUGGCCCAGCCUCUACUAAGUCCACAACAGCAUCUGCAAAGUCUGCCAAGGGCUCUACAAAGUCCGCGCCGGCCUCUGAUAACUCUGCCUCGGCUUCUACCAAGUCCAAUACAGCAUCUGCAAAGUCUGCCAAGGCCUCUACGAAGUCCCCCCAGCCCUCUGAUAACUCGGCCCCGACGUCUUCCAAGUCCACGACAGCGUCUCCCAAGUCCGCUAAGGCCUCCACUAAGUCCACCCCAACCUCUGAUAACUCUGCCCCGGUCUCUACAAAGUCUACCCCGGCCUCUACUAAGUCCACCCCGGCCUCUAACUCUGCCCCAGCCUCUACAAAGUCUACCCCGGCCUCUACUAAGUCCACCCCGGCCUCUAACUCUGCCCCAGCCUCUACCAAGUCCACCAAAGCAUCUGCCAAGUCCACCACGGCCUCUGAUAACUCUGCCCCGGCCUCUACCAAGUCCACGACAGCGUCUGGAAAGUCUGCCCCAGCCUCUACUAAGGCCUCAACUAAGUCCACCACGGCCUCUGAUAACUCUGGCAAAUCUGCCUCUGAUAACGCUGCCUCUAUCAAGGCCAUCCAGGCCUCUACCAAGUCUGCCAAGUCUGCCACGGCAUCCACCAAGUCCACCUCGACCUCUGCUAAAUCUGCUCCGACCUCUGAUAAUUCUGCCCCAGCCUCUACCAAGCCCUCCAAGGCCUCUACCAAGUCCCCCCCAGCCUCAGAAAAGUCUGCUCCUGUCUCAGAAAAGUCCGCCCCCACUUCAACCAAGUCCGCCCCUGCUUCUACAAAGUCCACGUCCGCUUCGGGCAAGUCUACCUCGGCCAUUUCCAGCUCUGCCGCUGCUCCAACUAAGUCCUCAGCAGCACACAGCAAGUCUGCCCCACUUCUUGAAGCCGUUACUAAAGAUGUUCCCAUCAUGGCUGUCCCCCCAGUGGGGUCUAGUGCACCAAAAGCCCAAGAACCCAAGAAGAAGGCCUCCAAGAAAAAAUCUGAGAGUGUCGCAACGGUGGAUUCCACUGCCGCGCCGCUAUACCUACCCUACAAGUCUUUGGUGUCCACUAUCGGCAGCAUGGUGUUCAGUGAGAGAGAAGCUCACAGCCUCAUUGAGAUGCUGUCUGAGAAAGCCGGCAUCAUUCAGGGCACCUGGCACAAGGCCACUCAGAAAGGAGACCCAAUGACCAUGCUGAAGAAACAACUGGAGGAGAAGGAAAAACAGCUGGGGGCUGAAAAAGAGGACUCUUCUGCAGCAAAGAACCGUCUGAGAGAGCUCACUAAGGAGCUUGCUGCUGAGAAGUCCAAGGUGGCUAAUGUUGAGACUAGGCUGAGCUCCCAACUGAGUAAGAGGGAACAGGAAAUGAUUGCUCUGCAAGCCCGCAUGCAGGCCAGCUACCAGGACCAUGUAGGCCAAGCCCAGAAGCUCAAUGCAAAGAUUGUCAGUCUGCAAGAUCAGCUAGAAAAGGGUCCCAAUGCCCAGCUGGCCCGUCUGCAGCAAGAGAAUUCUAUUCUCCGUGAUGCCCUCAACCAAGCUACCAGUCAAGCUGAGAGCAAACAAAAUGCAGAGCUAGCCAAACUGCGUCAGGAAUGUGCAAAGCUAAUGAGGGAACUUGGAGAAAAGACUGAAAUUCUGCACGCUGAUGAACAUGUGAGGAAAGGGUUGGAGGCUAAGGUCUCUGCCGCAGAAAAGCAGCUCUCUUCACUGCAGGCCAAGCAUGCAGAAAGCCAUAAAGGAUUGCAAAGGAAGUUGGAGGAGGUCUGUGCGGAGCUGAGAACAACACAAAGUGCAAACAGCAGCCUGAAGGACUCUUUGAAGAAGGCCCAGCAGGACACCAGUGCACUCUCAGAGUUUCAGGUACAAAUGGGAAAUCUUGAGACUCAAGCUAAGGAGCGCGCUGCUCAAGUCGAUGCUCUCACUGCUCAACUGGAGGGAACACAGGUUGAGAAACAACAGCUCAUACAACAGUUGGCAUCUAUCAACGCUUUGCUAGAGGCCACUCAGAAUAAAAAGCAGCAGGAUGCUGAACAACGGGUGAAUCCUGCGGAACUACAGCAAUUAAAGAGCAGCCUUCAGGAGAAGGAUGAUGAGUUGAACAAUCUCCAGGAGAAAGUCAAGCAAUUUCAGAUGAAGAAGGAGGCAGCAGAGAAGAUCAUUUCUGAGCUUGAGCAGAGACAUGAGAGGGAAAAUGCCAGCCUCAUCACCUCGCUUCAAGAUGAACUUAAAAACCUCAAAGAGGUUGUACAACAAUCAAAUCUCUCUUCAGAACAGAUAAAGACUAGUCUGACAGAGAAGGAAGCCCUUGUUGCGUCACUACGAGACCAGCUGAAGGAGUCACAGCAUAAUGAAGCUUCUAUGAUCCAACUUAAAGCUUUUGAAAGUGAAGCCAAAGAAUCCCUCCAGAAACUCUUCCCACUUGUUCCGCUGGAAUCACAACAGCCAAAUUGGUUACAGGGUUUUACGCUGAAAGCUCAGGAGGUUCUUCGGAGCCAACAAUCUGCGUCAACUCAAGAAUCGCCAGAAUUGCUUGAAAAGCUGAAGGAGGCUGAGGAGACCCACACCACCCUGCAAGCAGAAUGUGAACAGUAUCGAACAGUUUUAGCUGAAACGGAAGGAAUGCUAAAACAUCUCCAGAAGAGUGUGGAGGAGGAGGAGCUGGUCUGGAAGUCUAAAAUGACUAGCUCUGAGGAGCAGUUGAAAGCAGCUUUGUUGGAAGUACACAAGCUGGAGUCAGAAAAUCAAAGUAUAAAGCAGCUAAAAGAGCAGAUGAUGCUGCUGGAGGCGCAACUGGAGAAGCAGACAGACAACCAUUGCAUUGCUGAGGAGAUGGAACAGCUCAGGCUCCAGCUGUCCUCCAGUCAGAGCCAGCUGGACAUGGCCCACAAGGAGGCCCAGGCACACAAGGAGGAGCUUGCUAAGGUCAGAGAGCAGCUGAGCCAAGUCGCGUUGAGCAGUCAACAAGAACAGAAUGGUCCCACACAGGCUCAACCUAGUCAGGCUUUUUCCGACUUGAAUCAGACAACUCAGAAGCUGCAAGGGGAGGCUGCAAAAAGACAGAAGCUGUCAGAUGAGUUUCAACAGGCCCAAACAACAAUCUCAGAACUUCAGGCUCAACUGGAUCUUCUGAAAGAUUCAACAGAGUCGCAGCAAGGUGACUCAGAAGAUGUUGCUCAGCUCAAGGAACGUCUGGAGAAAGAGAAGAAGCUGUCCAAAGAUUUGGGACAGGCGGCCACCAAACUCCAGCAACUCCUCAAAGCCGCACAAGAACAGCUGACUAAAGAGCGAGAGACAGUGGUAACACUACAGGAGCACCUAGAUGGCAAGGGAGAGUUUGUGGAAUUAAAGGAGGGAACAUCCGUCUGAGGGGAAACUCACUUUGUUGACAUCAAACCAAAUAUGCCUUACGAUAACCAUAGUUAUGCAUUCCAAAACUAUUUCUUUACUGUACUGUAGUUUUUUUAAUUAUUUUUGCAAUGCUAGUAAUCAAAACAUUGAUGUAAGCAUUUCAAAAUAUAAGAGGAAAUCAUGCUGCAAACUUGACUGAAACCUACAUUCCAUCAAUUCUACAUUAGAUGAUGUGUAUCCUCUGCCUUUUUAGUCAAAACAUUACCCCCAUGGUUCAGUGUUAAAAGGGAAAACGAUUGUACGUUAAGCGUACAUCAACCUGUGCAAUUACUUUGUAUGUUUUCUUUGUCAAUUAAUGGUAACACUUCAGUUACAGUACAAGUGCUUUGGGCCUCCUCUCCAUUGGGGGCUACCAACUCACAUUGAAUUUCUAUGAAUGAAUAAACUACAGUAUAACUAUGUAA